GCGAAUUGCAGUAGUGACCCAUGGCGGCUUCUGCUCGAAGCUCACCCAGCGUUGGGUAAGAUUCGAGAAUACCGAAUGCCGACCUUGGGAGAUCCGCUGCCAAUCAUCGAUUUUACAGACUACAAAGACCUGCCACACGCUCACGGACAGGCGAGUGAGCGAUUCACUUUUGCAACGUAUCUGUGCAACCAUGAUCCCAACAUACGCCAUCCCUACUUCGCCGCAGUUCAAUCACUCGUUUGGCGAAUUCUCUGGAGUCCAUGGUCGACUAAAAAAUACCCAAUGACGGUUCUGGUAUGUCCCAUCACGCCGCACAUCGUUCGAGACAUCCUCCGCGGACAAGGUGCCAUUGUUGAAGAGCUCCCAUUUCUGGAUGGGCCAGAAGUCAGGCUUAACGUUGGCAGGUGGCAAGACAUGUACAGCAAGCUCAGCAUCUGGAACCUGACGUCGUGGGACAAGAUCGCCUUCAUGGACGUAGACGCUUUGCCAAUCAAGAAUAUCGACGAUAUCUUUGAUGUGCCGACGCAGGUUUGCAACAAGACGCGAAUGAACAGUGACGAUUAUCAGCUUUACCAGAACCAUCCUUCGGAAGCCGAGGAAUUUUGCAACUACCUAUUCGCUGGUGUAGAGUGGCCUGACUACUUUCUUGGACGGCACGAGCUCAAUGCUGGUUUCUUGCUUUUGAAGCCCAAUCGACUCAUGUAUGAGCGUCUGCUCAUCGCCCGCUACCAGACAGACAAGUAUGCAGUUGCUCAUCUCGAACAGGGCUUGCUAGCCAGCGAUGAGGUUGGCUUUGGGCAGAAGUCACCUUUCCCGAUGCAUCGGCUUAGCCGCGCGUACAAUGUUGGACUAGGGGUGUACUAUGAUAAGGAACUAGUCAGCCGUGCCAAGGUUCUCCAUGAGAAGAUCUGGAACAGGGCCAUGAUGCGAUACAACGAGCUGUACCACGACAGAUGGGAUGUGGACUGGAUGGCAAUGUGUCGCUUCUACGAUUCCCCUGCUUUUGACACAUCGCGCAAGCUUGGAUUCCUUCGACUGAAUAUGUUAGAUCAAAAUACGCAGUUCGGAGGCGUAGUUUACCCUGAGUUCCUCGAUGAUCGAGAGAGGGCAGAGCACCUGGAGAAAACAGAGCGCGACAGACAGGAGGCACAGGAAAAAGCAAGCGCAGAUGAAGCGCGGGACAGAUUGGCCCUGUCUAAAGCGACACAGCCAGCAACUUCCACUCAGUCCUCAUCGAAUGAACCGGUCACUGACGCGGCAAUUGAGAUAGCAAACGAGUCUCAAUCUGACCACUCCGAAUGA